AGAUAGAGCGGAAGCUGCGUCCGCACGUGUUUGUGUAACACUUUAAGAGAUCAAUUCAGUGCCCUUUGAUGCAGUGACAGCACUGGUUCCAUGGCGGGACGUCUGAAGAAGCAGUUAAAAGACGCAGUGAAGGUCAUCAGCUCAGGUAGCCUUCUGUUUGCCUCCUACCUCACUGCGGUUGGAGAUGAGCGUUUCUAUGCCAACCAGGUGAUGCCCCUGCUGCAGAGGAUUGUCGGGGCCGAGACGGCACAUGUCUUGGCAGUGAAGAUGAUUGGUCUGGGUCUGGUUCCUCUGAACCGCUACCGGGACCCUGCAUCAUUGGAAGUGAAUGUCCUGGGAUUAAAGUUCAAAAACCCUAUUGGGAUUGCGGCAGGCUUUGACAAGCACGGUGAGGCCGUAGACGGAUUGUACAAACUGGGUUUUGGCUUUGUUGAAGUGGGCACAAUCACUCCCAAACCUCAGGAGGGGAACCCCAAACCACGAGUGUUUCGACUCACUACAGAUCAGGCAAUCAUUAACAGAUAUGGAUUCAACAGCUGUGGUCUGGCAGAAGCACAACAGAGGCUGAAGGCCAGAGGAUUCACACAGCAACAGCAAAGUAAAGCUGGCCUUCCCCUGGGCAUCAACCUGGGGAAGAACAAGCUGUCCCAGGACGCACGAGCAGAUUACCUGGAAGGGGUGAGAGAGCUGGGCCCGCUGGCUGACUACCUGGUGGUCAACGUCAGCAGUCCUAAUACACCAGGUCUGCGGGACCUACAGGGGAAGGCUGAGCUCCAUCAGCUUUUACAAAUGGUGCUGAAGGAGCGUGAUGCCCUGCAGGGAGAAUGCAAACCUCCAGUCCUGGUAAAGAUCGCCCCUGACCUCACUGCACAGGACAAACAAGACAUUGCUGAUGUUGUCACUGAGCUGAGAGUGGAUGGUUUAAUGGUGUCUAACACCACGGUGUCCAGACCAGAGACCCUUCAGGAUCUGCUCAAAUGUGAGGUCGGUGGGCUAAGUGGCCAGCCUCUCAAGGACCUCUCUACUAACACUGUGAGAGAGAUGUACAGCCUCACCAAAGGUAAAAUACCAAUUGUUGGAAUUGGAGGUGUGGCCAGUGGGCAGGAUGCUUUGGAUAAGAUCCGUGCCGGUGCAUCACUUGUUCAGCUUUACACAGCUUUGACCUAUCAGGGCCCACCUGUAGUGACGAAGAUAAAGCGAGAACUGGAACAACUUCUUAAAGAACAAGGUUUCAGCAGCGUAUCAGAGGCAGUCGGAGCAGAUCACAGGGAGCAGAUGGGUCAAAUCAAAACCUGAGCCUGCUGAAAGAGACACUAUACGUUAACACAGACGCAGCACCUUCAGCUCCCAUCCUCUUCAACUAGGCUACAUAAUCCUCCACGUUUCCUGAACUGCGAUGGGUGAUGAGGAUUUGUGUUUGUUUGUCCGUCCGCCUUGAUUUCCGAGAUGAGAUAUGGUCUCAACUGAUCUUUGAAACCAUAUUUUUAAGUAUUUGUGCAUAUGCUGCACAAAACAAAUUCAUAGCUUCUCACGUUCUGCUUGAACAUGACGGUGAAGCGACUAAUGAUAACUCUUUGAUGUUGUAUGGCCACAUUAACAAGCUGAAGUUUGUAACUUCAGACGCUCAUCUUUUGUUGUUACAGUGUAGCAACAGUAAAUGAAUCUCAAGUACCAACACCAAAGUGCUUGAACUUCUUCUACACGAAAUAUUCCGUAGUACUGUAAAGUAAUGUAAAGAAAAUAAUCUAAUGUCUUAUGGAUAAAAUAAUGAAACAUCCAUCCAUCCAAAGAACUAACAGCUCUAAUGUUGGCUGGGAUUUAGGCGAAGACACAGUAUUUGUUUUGCUCUGUGCUUUCAUAGAGGAUCUGCACUGCGAGUCCUAUCCCCAACAGCUGAGAUACACUACAAUUCCAAAAUAAAAGUCCGAUGUUUUUCUUAUUUGCUUACAUGUUCAUAUAAAGUUUGAUUGAGCUUUCUCCAAAACAAGAGCCACAUGGUGCACCAUAUGUAGAUAGAUAUGAACCAUUUGCAGGUGUCACAUAAUUUCUUUUGGGACUUACUGACAUCAUAAGCUGAUCAUGUAGAAAGCUACCUAGUGUGGACAUGAACUCAGUUUUACGUAUAUAAAAGAUAUUUAUUCUUGUGUGAGAGAGCCACAGGUUGACACACACUACUUUUUAAGCAGGAUUUACAGCAGAAAAAAUACAUUUUGGUGCUUUUUACAGGGUCUUGUGACAAAACCUUUGACAUACUGGAGCCUUGAUUUUUAGUGUCUGUAUGAUACUGAAUUAAAACAAUGUUUUUUUUAAAAAAAAUCAUCAAAUCUGCUGGGAUUAUUCAUGGACACCAGAGGGUGAACCAUACUGCCUGUGGUGACUGCUCGAUCUACUAUGUUGCCACCUUCAGAGCAAAACUUUUCCUUGUACGUUGACAAAUCUCUUCGUCUGUCAGUCAGAUGAGCAAACACGUUACUCCUCACUUGAAGAAUCUAUUUUCACAAUUUUUUUUUCUGUUAUGUUGGUGAACCGGUGAGAUAAUUUUGGCAGAUUUUAUUAGUUUAUUGUCUAUCAAAAAGAAGACUUUUCAAAUAGAUGCAUCACUGCGUUGCGUUUUAGUCAGGUUGGUUGUUUGAAACAUCCUCUUUUUGUUUUUAUUUUUUUCCUGUGGCAAAAGACUGUGAAACAAUAGUGAAAGAAACACACGUUUAGGGAGAUUACAUUCACGUUCUGUCCAUUUUCUCUUUGUGUUACACACUGAUUAGGUUUGGGAUUAGGUCCUGUGGGUUGUGAGGACUGCCAUCAGGCAAUGGUGUUACCAUUGUCUGCAGUGGUGUUCAGGUGGGUAUGGCACACAUUACAAUGUGAAGAGAUGGUCAGUGUUAUUCACGCCACCAGUGAGCAGUUUCAACAUUCUGAGGGAGCAGUGUUAAAAUAAUGUGUUUGUGAUGAAUAUGAAUGUACUUGUAGUAUACUUGAUCUCAGCAAACACAUUUGUCUUCCUGUAUACAUGUGGAGAACAGCACGUGUUAAGGUGAAUCACUCAGUCUGGUAAAUUUGCUUCGAAGUACAACUAAAUAAAUAAUAAUAAUAUAUGAAAAAGCACAAGAACUGCAGUACUCAGUGCUUCGAACAAAUAUAAUCAUUUUCCACAGUCCCUCUGCAGAGAAACAACUUCUGCCUCACAGAGUAAAGUCAACUUAUUCUGUCUAAUCAUUUGUAGCAGUAGCAGUGGAGGUCUGAUGAUUUAAAGAGAUUUUUAGCCUUGAAAUAACUGAGAUGACUUUGCUAUGUUCCCUGCAGCAAUAGCGAAAGCCCUUCAAGUCCUCUUUCCACCCAGCCAAACUCUCACUCCCCUCCUCAUGUUAGCUUUGGGCAUUGUGCUAUCAUGACCUCCCGUUGGUUGUGACUGGAGUUUUUUUAUUGUUAUUCUUGGGUUUUUCCUCACUCACUGACACGUUGAGAUGCCUUCCUAUAACAACACCGCCCGCAGUGGUCAUUAGACAUAGCCAGUGAAGGCAGCAGUACUGUGAGGAUCAGCUGUGAGCUGCCGGCUGCCUCCUUCUCCAUCUCUUGAGGCCAAGUGCAGACAGGCUUGUAUCCCGUAUGUGGUGCCACGGAGGGAGGAGGGUGAGGCCUGGCUUCCAGACAAGACAAACUUUAAAACUGAUGGCCACUUAGAUGUACGGUUUCCUCAUAUAACAUUGAUCAUAGCUAGGAGGCAGCACUCUGUUCCUGAGAUGCUCUUUGUGCCGUGUUUUGAUAUGAUGUGAAAGCCAAUGGGAAAAUGAAGGUCAGUUCUGCUCAAAUAUCUAUCUCCCAUUGUGCAUGUAUUUACAAUUAUGAAGUAUUGUUUUUCUACCACACCAUAAUGUGACUAACCAACACAGUGAGAAACCGUUAUCCGUGUAGAACAGAUGUGUUUCAAACUCAUACAGCCGUGAAGACGAGGGAGUUAGUCCCUGUUUGACAGCAGAAAGAGAAACCACACAGCAGUGGAUGAACUUUAAAGACAACUUCUGCUUCUGUAAUAUGCGUAUGCAACACAUGUAAGCAAAACAACGCUAAUGCAGAAAGACAGUGGAGGAAAGGGAGAUGGACUGAGGUCAGAUAGUCUUCAUGGCUUAGAGUUCUUACUCACUGAGCGAAAAAAGCUGCAACACUCUGCUAGGCCUGCAACUGUGGACUGGUUUCAUUAGAUGGAUGGAUGGACGGACAGAUAGUUUAGAAAAUGUCAGGAAUCCUCAGGUUCCCAGAGGCCUAUGUGAUGUGAUCCCUUCAAAUUGCCUGUUUUAUCUGACGAAGAUAUUCAGUUUUAAAUAAUAAAACAGUAAAUCAUCACA